GUCACACGGGUUAGCUGUCAAUCAAACAACCCAGCGCUGCAGCUGCUUCGAGGAGCCGAAGGCUUCGGUCACGGUACCUGCUGGAUCAUGGCAGAUGCAGAGAUGCGUCAGAGGUUGCUGCGCACAGUCAAGAAGGAGGUGAAGCAGAUCAUGGAGGAAGCCGUUACCAGGAAGUUCGUACACGAGGACAGCAGCCACAUUAUCUCCUUCUGCGCUGCAGUGGAAGCCUGCGUAUUGCAUGGACUCAAGCGCAGGGCGGCGGGCUUCCUGCGGAGCAACAAGAUCGCCGCCCUCUUCAUGAAGGUGGCGAAGGCCUUCCCGCUGGCCGAGCAGCUGUGCAGGAAGGUGCAGGAGUUGGAGCAGCUGAUCGAGAGCAGAAAGGCCCAAGGUGCCAUCCCUCAGGAGAACGCACGGAAGUCCCAGAAGGUGCCAAACCUGUCCGCACAGGCCCUCAAGCACCUGUGGAUCCGCACCGCCCUCUUUGAGAAGGUCCUGGACAAGAUCGUGCAGCACCUGGUGGAGAACAGCAGUAAAUACUAUGAGAAGGAGGCUCUACUGAUGGACCCUGUGGAUGGGCCGAUAUUGGGUUCUCUGUUAGUUGGGCCUUGUGCCCUCGAGUACACCAAGAUGAAGACGGCUGAUCACUUCUGGACAGACCCUUCGGCUGACGAACUGGUUCAGAGGCAUCGCAUCCACAGCGCACAUUGUCGCCAGGAUUCACCAACCAAACGGCCAGCCUUGUGUAUUCAGAAGAGGCAUUCAAGUGGCAGCAUGGAUGACCGGCUCUCGCUCUCCGCCCGUGACUACGUCGAGUCUCUGCACCAGAAUUCCCGAGCGACAUUGCUCUACGGCAAAAACAACGUCCUGGUUCAGCCGAAAGAUGAUAUGGAACCCACCCCGGGAUACCUCUCGCUCCAUCAGACAGCGGACACAAUGACAUUAAAGUGGACGCCCAACCAGCUGAUGAAUGGCUCCGUGGGAGACCUGGAUUAUGAGAAAAGCGUGUACUGGGACUACGCCAUGACUAUCCGCCUGGAAGAGAUUGUUUACCUUCACUGUCACCAGCAGAUUGACAGUGGUGGUACGGUGGUCCUGGUGAGUCAAGAUGGCAUUCAGAGACCUCCGCUGCGCUUUCCCAAGGGAGGGCAUCUUCUGGCGUUCCUCUCCUGCCUUGAGAACGGCCUCUUGCCUCGUGGACAGCUGGAUCCUCCGUUGUGGUCACAGAGAGGGAAGGGCAAGGUCUUCCCAAAGCUGCGGAAGAGAAGCCCUCCAGGAUCCGCAGAGUCCAACUCCGACAAGGAGGACGAGGAGGCGACUGACUAUGUUUUCCGAAUAAUCUUCCCAGGCACAAACCCCGAGAUUGUCCCCCAGGACCUGAUGGAUGUUCAGGGGGGUGGGAUCCCCCUCAUGUGGCAGCCGAACGUCCGGAAAUCCUCCUGCUCCUCGUGCUCCCAGAGCGGGUCAUCCGACGGAGGGCCGUCCAAUGGCUGCAAUCAUGAGAGGGCACCUCUGAAGAUGCUUUGCGACAACAUGAAGUACCAGAUCCUGUCCAGAGCGUUCUACGGAUGGCUUGCCUACUGCCGGCACCUCUCCACUGUGAGGACCCACCUGUCCGCGCUCGUCAACCACACCAUCAUCAGUCCAGCUGCGCCGUCCAAUGCAGGCUGCGGCCUCACCAGAGAGAUUUGGCACAGCUUCCUCCAGAACAAAAUGAGCUACGAGGAACAGGAGCUGCUGCGUCUCAUUUACUACGGAGGAAUUGAGGCAGAGAUUCGGAAGGAAGUGUGGCCGUUCCUCCUGGGACACUACCAGUUUGGGAUGAGCGAGGUGGAGCGGAAGGAGGUGGACGAUCAGAUGCGGAGCUGCUACGAGCAGACCAUGGGCGAGUGGAUGGCCUGUGAAGCUGUCGUCCGCCAACGAGAGAGGGAGUCUCACGCGGCGGCGCUGGCCAAGUGCUCGUCUGCGGUCAGCCUGGACGCGCAGAUCCAGCGGAUGAUGCACCGAGAUUCCACAGUCAGCACUGAGUCUUCGCAGAGCUGUGGCUCAGACCGGCAGGACCAUGCCCGGCUGCAGAGUGACUCCAGCUCAAGCACACAGGUCUUUGAAUCGGUGGAAGAUACGGAAGGCGAACAAAUGGAAAAAGAAGCCGGGACCAGUGGUGAUAAACAGGUAGUGGCCAUUCCGAAUGGUGCUGUGCCUAACGUCCCCUGCUCCCCUGACUCUGGACACCCAUCCUCAUGUAGCUUCCCCACAACAUCUGACUACUCGGAGCCCAGCUUCAGCACGGAGGAGGCAAUGCAGUGCAGCCACCACACAGUCACCGUGAGACACGGGAGGGAGCUAAAUAAAGCAGAGUCAAGCUCAGAGGAAGUACUUCUUCCCCAAGGAGUACCUACCCUACACUGGCUACCAGGAGGACUCUCUCUGCAGGAUGAAUCAGUAGCAGUUCUUGUGGCGGAUGGAUCUCAAGUAGUUCCUAAGGAGGAUGAAUUGCAAAGUGUGUGCCGUGCGUCAGAUGGAUCAGAAGUAGUCCCUGUGGCGGAUGGAUCGGAAGUACUUCCUAAGGCAGAUGAAUUUGAAGGUGUGCAUUAUAUGUCAGAUGGAUCGGAAGUAGUUCCUAAGGCGGAUGAAUUGGGAGAGGUUCUCCAAAUGGUGGAUGGAUCAGAAGUAGUUCCAAUGGUGGAUGGAUCAGAAGUAGUUCCUCUGGUGGAUGGAUCUGAAGUAGUUCCUAUGGUGGAUGGAUCUGAAGUAGUUCCUAUGGUGGAUGGAUCAGAAGUAGUUCCUAUGGUGGAUGGAUCUGAAGUAGUUCCAAUGGUGGAUGGAUCUGAAGUAGUUCCAAUGGUGGAUGGAUCAGAAGUAGUUCCUAUGGUGGAUGGAUCAGAAGAUAUGCCCUGUGUAUCAGAUGGAUCUGAAGUAGUUCCUUUGGUGGAUGGAUCAGAAGUAGUUCCAAUGGUGGAUGGAUCAGAAGUAGUUCCAAUGGUGGAUGGAUCAGAAGUAGUUCCUAUGGUGGAUGGAUCUGAAGGUGUGCACUGUGUGUCAGAUGGAUUGCAAGUGGUUCCAGUGUCAGAGUUUGUGAGGCAAGAUCCUCCUGGCAGUGAGGGGUCAGAAGGCAACCUUCGUACAUCCAAAGCUGAAGGGACGGUGACUGAGGAAGGGCUGCUGGGGCGGGAGGAAGCACUGCCUGUUGGAGAAGGAACAGAAGGCUUCACCCAGCUGCAGACUGUGGCUGAGAGCAGCGUCCCUGUGGCUUCACCAGUCUCAUCCACCGGGGUGACAUAUGCUCAAGAACUGCUGGACAUGUACACCGUCAACCUGCACCGGAUAGAGAAAGACGUCCAGCGGUGUGACCGCAACUACUGGUACUUCACGCCCAGUAACCUGGAGAAGCUGCGCAAUGUCAUGUGCAGUUAUAUCUGGCAGCAUUUGGAGAUUGGUUAUGUACAGGGGAUGUGUGAUCUCCUGGCCCCUCUGCUUGUUGUUCUGGACAAUGAGGCCAUGGCGUUUAGCUGCUUCACACAGCUGAUGAAGAGAAUGAACCAGAACUUCCCACACGGUGGGGCCAUGGACACUCACUUUGCCAACAUGCGUUCUCUCAUUCAGAUCCUGGAUUCGGAGCUCUUCGAGUUAAUGCACCAGAAUGGGGACUACACCCACUUCUACUUCUGCUACCGAUGGUUCCUGCUGGACUUCAAGCGAGAGUUGGUCUAUGAUGACGUGUUUUCAGUCUGGGAGACCAUUUGGGCAGCAAAGUUCACCUCAUCCCCGCACUUUGUCCUCUUCAUCGCACUGUCAAUGGUGGAGCUUUACCGAGACAUCAUUCUGGAGAAUAACAUGGACUUCACGGACAUCAUCAAGUUCUUCAACGAAAUGGCUGAACACCACGACACAAAGCAAGUUCUAAAGCUGGCACGUGACCUGGUCUACAAAGUACAGAAGCUGAUCGAAAAUAAAUGAGGAGGAAGAGCCACAGCGAGACGAGGGCAUCCAGGCCGCUUCUCGGCAGAGGAAUUGUGGGUGAAGCCUUAGGGCGAUCUAAACGUUGUCAUUUAUAGUGUUGCGUUUGUGCUGAGACCUCUGGUUUAGCCACUGCGUGCUUUGGGAGCAAUAUUAAAGACUCUGUUCCUUUGUUCCUGUGAGGCCGCAGCUUAAACACCCCUGUACUUCUCCAUUUAAGUUGCUGAGUCUGCUGUUUCUGCCGGCUCCAGGGGCCCCUGUCCCUCUGUGUGCGGUCUUUUCUGUGUUCUUACUCAGUGCGGCGGAGGAUGUUGAGAUGCUGGGGACAACCUGUCUAAAGGUGAGGGCACCAGGCUGUAAGGAGAUGAUCUUUAUCAUGCAAGGAUUAUAGAGUUCGAUCAGGAAUGACAGUCAAUGCGGAGAGUGCAAAAGGGUUCAACAGGACAGGGAGUUGGACAAUUUCUGAGAAGCCAAGUAAACAGUGGUUGACAUAUGACAACGAUGGAUUGAGCUUGUCGGGCUUGUUCUUAAUAAGCUGCCAUUCACUCCCUAUUGUCAUCCCAUUGUGUGUUUAGGGAUUAGUUUUAGUCCAGUGCCAAGAUUCUUACACAGUAGCCAGCAUUGGGUUCAUGGACUGCCAUUCCAUUGCCUGCUUGGGUAGUGUGUAGGGAUCAGCUGCAGGAUUCACUAGCCACCACCAGGGGGCUGCAAAUGCCAUGUAUGGGGACUAUUUCCGUCUGGUGCUUCUUAUUCAGACUGAAGCCCCCAAUCCUGUUCCUUGCAGGGUCCGUUCACUCCAGCAUUUACCAUUUUCCCCUGGUUUUAAUUGUCAAGCUUCCUGUGUUCUUUAGAGACUUUCCUCAGGUCCACAGCGAAACCAUGCUCUUUCAUAAGUUCCCUUAGUUUGAAUUCGAUUUAGGGUUGGGGUCACAGUGGCUCAGUUGGUAGGCAUCUUGCCCUUGACGCUGGAGGUUCUGAAUUCAAAUUCAAAGGCAUCUUUUGGAUCCAACCUUCAACCAGGUCAGGAAAGCAAGAUUACUUGGUUGCUCUUUAGAAGAAAAGCAAGCAAAUUCUAAUGAAAGCAGGAUUCCGCCAUAUGUCUCAUCGAGCUCACUCUGCCAUUCAGUGAGAUCACCAUUGAUUGUGAGUACCCUCAGUGACUGAGCAUCCACAGAUCUCCAAAGUGGAGAAUUCUAAAGGUUUGGAACCCUUUUCCUGAAGAAAUUUCACCUCAUCUCAGGCUCAAAUGUCCGUCCGCUUCUCCUGAACUGACCUGUCUGAGGAAGCAGCCUCUUGAGAAAUGUUAGUUCAGUUGCACUAAAAAUAUAGUACAUUUCAAUAAGGUCAUCUCUCAUUCUACUAAUUACAGAGAAUUUAGACUCAGUCUACUGAUGUCUACAGCCAGCUUGGUUGGCAUGGACAAGUUGGGCCUGUUUCCGUGCUAUUUAGCUUUAUGACUCUAUGACUCUCCAUACAACCUCUCUUGAAAGUUAGCCGUUCCAUUCCAGGGAUCACACUGAGGACUUGCUCCAGGGGAAUUAAAUCCAUCCUUGGGAAAGGAGGCCAGCACAGAACUCCUGUGUGACCUGACCAAAUGCCCCAUUUAGGCAACCCCUGCGUUAAGGGGGUUGCCUUCCUAAAAAAACGGGCUGUGUUUCCAUUCUCCAUAAUGCGAGGCCGCCCCAUCUUUGCUUGCGUCAAGAAGCGAAUGUUGAAAAAAAAUUAAUUUUAUGUUGACUUAUUUUCCCCACAUUCUUUUUCCCCACACCCUCACACUCUUUUUUCCCCACACAUAAGUUCCGUGACAGCGAAUUUUGGUACGUAGCUCAAAUUCUUGGGUGGUGAUUUGUGAACACUGUAAGAGCGAAUUUCCAUGAUCUGAGCAGGCGUAAUGUGGGGCUGGCUCACCUAUAUAUUUGCAGUAGCAUCCAAUCCCUCUUAUGAUCCAAGCCCUUUCAAUAUUGGCUAAUAAACCACUGGUCUUUUUUAAUUGCUCCAACUUCUGUACAAGUACAAGGCCAACAGGUUACGGGUGACCUGACUUGUGGAAUUCCAAUGUUACGCCAAUUCUCCCAUACAUUCUUAAAGGAUUUUUCAAGAUAGUAGUAAUAAUGAUGAGAUGCUUCAUUAAUGACUGGAUACAUGAUAUAUUCCACUAGUUUAAUUGUGGGCAGUGUUAGGGUGAUUAUUUGGUGAAACAGUAGAAUUAUAGCAUGUCGCGCAAUACGAUAUGAGUAGCUAUAGUAACCAGACGUUUCUGGCUAUUGGAGAAAUCAGCUUAUGCAGAGUUUUCGGGAACCGAACCCUCACGUAACCCAGGGACUGCCUCUACACUCAGGCACCAGCACAACACUCGCACGCCUUGUAAAAUUGAAGCUGCUUUUCUCUCCUUCCAACCCUUCUCUCUCAUCAAGGUAAACUCCCUGUCCCUCUACGUUAGUGCUGCUCAUGGGAUCUUUCUGUGUGAAGGUUCGUACUUCCUACAGUAGGCAAACUAGGAGCAGGAGUAGAGCAUUCGGCCCCUCAAGCCUGCCCCGCCAUUCAAUGUGAUUGUGGCUGAUCUGCUCAAGGCCUCAUCUCCUCCUCUGUGCCAGAUCCCCAUAGACUCAAAUCCCUGAUAUUUCAAAUACUUGUAUACCAUCACUUUAAAUACUUAUACUAGCCUCCAUAACUCUCUGGGCCAGAGAAUUCCAGAGAUUCACCACUCUCUAAAAAGGAAUUUCUACGCACCUCAGUUUUAAAUGACUGGUCCUUUAUCUUUUACAACAAGUCAAAGUCAAGUUUAUUGUCAUCUGCACAAGUACAUGUGUGCACAGGCGCAAUGAAAACCUUACUUGCAGCAGCAUCAUAGGCACAUAGCAUCAGUUAAGCAGCAUUCACAAGAAAAACAUAAAUAUUUACAAGAAAGAACACAAUUAGAACAAAAAAAUACAUUUUAGUGCAAAGUGAUCAAAGUGGUCAUAGUGUUGCUAAACUCUAGUGAUUAGGGUUGUGCAGGUUGGUUCAAGAACCAAAUGAUUGAAGGGAAGUAGCUGUUCCUGAACCUGGUGGUGUGGCACUUCAGGCUUCUGUACCUCCUGCCCGAUGGUAGCUGCGAGAAGAUGGCAUAGCCCAGAUGGUGGGGAUCUUUGAUGAUGAAUGUUGCCUUCUCGAGGCAGUGCCUCCUGUAGAUACUCCCAAUGCUGGGGAGGGAUGUGCCUGUCAUGUCUUGGGCUGAGUCAACUACUCUCUGGAGCUUCUUAUGUUCCUGCGCAUUCGAAUUACCGUACCAGACCAUGAUGCAACCAGUCAGCUGGGCUCAUUGGGAACUGGAGGUUACUGGGGAGAAUUGGGAUGGGAUGUGUUGACAGGAAGAGGGAGAUGCGGGCACGAGUGAAUGGCUGAGGUCAUUCCAAUAAAAUCCUUAGCAAAGACUCGGUUUGGACACCCAGACGCCCUCUGGAGCACACAGCCAAGGUCUAGGGUGAGUAGGUCAUUACCACAGUUCUUCGUAGAGUCGUAGAGUUAUACAGCACGGAAAUAGACCAUUCGGCCCAACUCGUCCAUGCCAACCAAGUUACCUACCUGAGCUGGUCCCUUGCCCGCGUUUGGCCCAUACCCCUUUCCUAUCCAUGUACCCGUCCAAAUGACUUCUAAAUGUUGUAAUUGUACCCGCCUCUACCACUUCCUCUGGCAGCUCAUUCCAUACACCCACCACCCUCUGAAAAACCUGCCCCAGGCCCUCUUUAAAUUUUUCCCCUCUCACAUUAAACCUCUGCCCUCGAGCCUUAGACUCCCCUACCCUGGGGAAAAUACUGUGACCAUUCACUUUAUCCACGCCACUCAUGAUUUUACAUACCUCUAAAAGGUCACCCCCUCAGCCUCCUACGCUCCAGGGGGAUAAAAACCCGGCCUAUCCGGUCACUUCUUGCAACUCAAGCCCUCCUGUCCCCAGCAACAUCCUUGUGAAUCCUCUCUACACUUGUUCCUGCUUAAUGAGGUCCUUCCUGGACGACCAGAACUGCACACAGAAGGGGAAAUAGACAUUGGCUGUAAAAGAAGUGGGAGAGGUGGAUUACUUCCUAAGGGCCAUCAGAUCACUGCUUCACAGCACUGCGGUUUCAUUUCCAUAUAUAAAGCCCCUCUUCUACUUGAAAGAAACGGAUCCGAUGAAUUGUGCUCGGUGGUCCUGGGCCCUGAGGUAGUUGGUCUUUGUGCAGAAGUUGUUUUGAUCUUUCCCCGUGGUUGUGCUGGCCUGAUACGUGGAAAUCCAGAGCCAGCUGGUGUUUCUAAGAAAUGGCAGAUCGAUUGCAAGGUGGAAAAAUCAACGGCUCGAUUCUUGAUGAACAUACAACGUGAGUCAGCCGCUUUCCAGCUUGUCAUUGGCUCUCGGUCUGUUUCGUUGUUGAAGCCGUGGUGAGCUCAUGAAGUUCUAGAGAAGGGUUCAGACCAUGUGGUGUCAUGACGUGUCUAUACCACUGGGUGCAGAGGCCGUGAAGCGAUGAUCCCACCCUGUCCCAUUACCAAUACCACCUUCCCCAAUCACCACCCACAGAUGCCCUCCAAACCCAUUUCUUGGAAGAAGAGUCUCUGGAAAAGACUGGGGGAAUUCUACAGUUCCUUACAGCAAUCACACAAGCACAAGGAGACCUUGGUUAUCUUAACUAACUUACAGCUUAUCCCUCCAACAAGGAAUGUUCCCUCCAUUCACGGAAUGUGUGUUGCAGCCAUCUCAGCUGACACUGACUUCCUAGUCUGACUGUCCACACUAUCUAAUUGGAUUGUAUCCAGACCAUUCAAAAUGUUAGCUUCCAUCUAAGCCAGCUGUGUAUCCCUGACACUGGCAACUGUCUUCAAAACCAAGAACUCUUACGAUUUUGUAUCAUUCCAGACACUUGCCUCAUCAGCUGCCCCUGUGCCUUGAUUUUGCCCAUUAUCUGAAGGAACCAAAACUGCAGACAAUUUACUCAAAGAGAGAAGUGGGAGGGAGGUAUCACACCAGGCAUUGUCACUCCCAAUCUAAGCCACAAAGAACCUUCUUUAUUCCAAUAUAACACUCUGGAUUUUCUGUGAUCCCUGCAAUCUAAGCUAAAACCAUCUCUACUUUCUCUAGGCACCUUCAGUUGCUUGGGCAACUAUCACCAGACCCAAGGUUGUUCAGUUACUCUCAGUGGGUCCUGGGGAAUCAGGAAUUGGGAGAGAGGAACAGAGGAACUCAGGAACAUUACAAUCACUGAGGAAGUGGUACUGAGGAAAUUGGUGGAGGUGAGCGCUGACAGGUCCUGAUCGAUAUCAUCCUAGGGUCUUAACAGAAGUGGUCGGCGAAAUAGUUGAUCCAUUGAUUGUAAUUUUCCAAAAUUCUAAUGUUACAUUAAAUUGGAAAAUAGCAAAUUUAACUCCCUUAUUCAAAAAGGGAAGGAGACAGAAGGCAGGAAACUACAGGCCAGUUAGUUUAAUAUCUGUUGUAGGGAAAUUUUAGAAGCUAUUAUUAAAGACAUCACAGCAAGGCAUUUUGAAAUAUUCAUGUCAUUCAAGCAAAGUCAACAUGAUGUUGCGAAUGGGAAAUCACGUUUGAGCAAUUUAUUGAAGCAAUAGAUGUUCUCUUGCUGGUAUCUGACAUUAUUGGAGUCCUCUGAAAAAGUAACGUGCUAUGGAUAAAGGCGAGCUGGUGGAUGUUCUAUACUAAGAUUUAUAGAUUUACAUUCGAUGAGGAGCUGCAUUGUCGGAUCCGGUUAUUUUCGAAUCCGCAGCUUCUUUCAGGAGUCCAAGAAUGAGUUGAAAACAACUUGGUGCUUCACAAAGUUUUAUUGGAAAAGUUUAAAACAAAGAAACAGUCACAGCAGAUGGCACUAGCUUUACUACUGGGAGAUGAGCCGAGACAAAGGAACUAAAGGUGAG